AUGGCUGUCCGCCGCGGUGGACACGAAGCCCGGCAGGAACCUGGAGGACGUCCCCGGCGCUCCUCCCAAGCCCUGGAGGAGGGCGCCGAGCCGAGACACCCGGGACUCCACGGUCCGAGGCUGAGCGCCGACCACCGAGCAGGUGAUGCCGGCAGAGGAGCAGAGAGGAGCCCGCUGCGGAGAGCCGCGGGACGAGGACGCUCACAUUUACGCACCAAUUCUUCAGAGAUGAGGGUCUGCUGGGCUCACCACCACAUACCAUUCGGUGUGGGCGUGGCUUGCCCGGCGGAUCUGGCGGCUCUGCUGGACCUGCCACAGGUGCCGGCUGUCAAAAUCUGCCGGCUGACACGUCACCCGCUGUCAGUGUCAGCUCAGAAGAAGGCGAGAGUUUUCGCCGAAACUGUCAGCGGNGACGUGACAGCAGCUGUGGAAGAGCUCAGAGAUGGACUCCAGGACGUUCUGAGGGACGCAUGGACAAACAUCUCACUGGCCAUCACUGACGUGGAUGUUCUACUGUCAGAACCAAAACCAGAACCAGAACCAAAGACCAGAGCUGGGUUCUUAAGAUGUUCACGAGAAAUCACUCUGGAUCCAAACACAGCAAACAGAAAGUUGUUAUUAUCUGAUGGGAACAGAAAAGUGACAUUAACGGAUCAACAACAGCAUCAUCCUGAUCAUCCAGACAGAUUCAUUGAACGUUAUCAGGUUCUGAGUAAAGAGAGUCUGACUGGACGUUGUUACUGGGAGGUGGAGUGGAGAGGAGGAGGAGUUGAUGUAGCAGUUUCAUACAAGAACAUCAGCAGAACAGGGAGCACGUAUGAAUGUGGAUUUGGAUAUAAUGACAAAUCCUGGUCUUUAUAUUGUUCCACCAACAGUUGUGUAUUUUGGCACAACAAAACUCAAACUCUCGUCUCAGAUCGUCCUCCCUCCAGAGUAGGAGUUUACCUGGAUCACAGAGCAGGUGUUCUGUCCUUCUACAGAGUCUCUGACACCAUGACUCUCCUCCACAGAGUCCAGACCUCGUUCACUCAGCCGCUACAUGCUGGAGUUUGGCUUCCUUAUGGUUCUGGAGACACUGCAGAGUUGAUUAAAGCUGAAUAGACUGAAGUGUUUAAAGAGCAGCUGGUUCAGAUGUUUGAGUUUCCAGCUGGUUCAGUCUCAUUGUACCAGUAAAACACCACGACUUGUUUUAACUGUCUGUUGUUUUAAUCAAUCAGCUGUUAUUCUACAGAUUUAUAUUCCUGAUAAGAUCUACUGAGAACACAGAAAGAACGUUUUCAUUCACAUGUUCACUG